AAAAUCAUCAUUUCAAAGAUGAAAUCUCUUCACUAUUCAAUGUUUCCAUUUCUUUUUGUUGCUCUCUUCUCGUUGUCAUGGGCAACGUCUUCAGCUAACACCCAUGAGGAUUUCCUUCGUUGCCUUUCUUCACUUCAUCCUGAGGACUCAUCUUCCAUUUCUAAAGUUAUAUACACUCAAACCAAUUCAUCAUACUCAUCUGUUUUGGAGUCUUUAAUUCAUAAUUCUAGAUUCCUUACGCCAACUACCCUCAAGCCUUUGGUUAUUGUAACACCACUGAAUAUCUCCCAUGUUCAAGCAACAAUCCAUUGUUCAAAGAAACAUGGGCUCCAAAUUAGAACUCGAAGUGGUGGUCAUGAUUUUGAAGGUCUUUCUUAUGUCUCUGAAGUUCCAUUUGUCAUCGUUGAUUUGUUUAAUUUUCGAUCAAUCGAUGUUGAUGUAGAAAAUAAAGUGGCAUGGGUUCAAUCAGGUGCAAUUAUGGGAGAAUUAUAUUAUAAACUUGCUGAAAAGAGCAGAACUCUUGCCUUUCCAGGUGCUCUUGGCCACUCUGUGGGGUUUGGGGGAUUCAUUAGCGGAGGAGGUUACGGCUUAUUGUUUCGAAAAUACGGUCUUGCAGCUGAUAAUAUAAUUGAUGCACAAUUUAUUGAUGUUAAAGGGAGAGUUCUUGACAGAAAAUCAAUGGGGGAAGAUCUGUUUUGGGCCAUUCGAGGAGGCGGAGGGGGAAGCUUUGGAAUUGUCCUUUCAUGGAAAAUAAAGUUGGUUACUGUUCCAGCAACUGUGACUGCAUUCUCCAUAAGCAGGACCUUGGAACAAAAUGCAACCAAACUUCUUCAUCGUUGGCAAUAUGUUGCACACAAACUUCCAGAUGAUAUAUACCCCUCCAUUACGAUCGCAACGAUGAACUCUAGUCAAGAUGGGAAAAGGACGGUUGUAGCUACCUUUAGCUCCUUGUUUCUUGGUCAAACAAAUGAGCUCAUUCCAUUGAUGCAAAAAAGAUUCCCUGAACUCGGACUGGUUAAAGAAGAUUGCAUUGAAAUGAGUUUUGUCGAAUCUAUCAUCUUCUUGGGCCUCCUUCCAAAUCGAACCAAUAUUUUACUUGACAGGAGUUAUAGAGUUUCUUUUCUUGUUGCUACUCCUUCCUUCAAAUCAAAAUCUGAUUAUGUGAAGAAACCAUUUCCUGAAAUUGCAUUCCAGGGGAUAUGGAACCAACUUCUUGAGGAAGAAGCAACAUCCGCUACCUUAAACUUUGUUGCUUACGGAGGUAAAAUGGAUCAAAUCCCAGCGACUGCAAUUCCAUUCCCGCAUAGAAUCGGUAACUUGUACAAAAUAAGUUACAACAUACGAUGGCGAGAAGAGGACAACAUAAAUUCUCAAACGUAUAUAAGCUGGAUUCGGAAACUAUACAGUUACAUGAGUUCCUAUGUUUCAAAAUCUCCAAGAGCAGCGUAUAUUAAUUACAGAGAUCUUGACAUCGGAAUGAACAAUAUUGAGGGCAAUACAAGUUAUGCGCAAGCAAGUGUUUGGGGUCGUAAAUAUUUCAAGAAGAACUUUGACAGGUUGGUACGUGUUAAGACAAUGAUUGAUCCAGAGAAUUUCUUCAAGCAUGAACAAAGUAUCCCCCCUUUUUUUCCUUGAAUAAAGAAGAAAGAUCAUAUUAUGAGUUGAAUGUGUAACCUAGAAUAAAUUUGAUGUCUGCAAUUUGCUUUGCUUUGUUCUUGUAGUAGGUUUUGUCAAGAACGUAGUGUCAGCAUUUGCCUCCAUAUGUCAUUCAAUAUUAUGAUAAGCAAUAAAUACUAUAUAUCAUUUUCUUUUUAUAUCUAAGGAGAUUACACAAUGGAAGGCAUCUCAUAAUACUCGUUAUAUUUUCAUCUUAAAUAUAAACCCCCACCUCUUCAGGAUGGAAAGUUGAGAUCUCU